AUGAGCAGUGCAGACAACAAUCUGGGAGGUGAUGAAUUUGAUGAACCCCCCAAGAAGGUAGCGCGUCACGAGUCUGACAGUGAAGGCCGCCAACAACGCCCCGAGAACGUGGCGGAAGUGAGUGACACCGGCAGAACCACGCUGUUUGUCCGCUCUACGCAGAUCCACAGUCGUGGGGAGUUGGUAAACGGAUUUUUACACGAGCACCGGAAGACGUUAGGCAUCCAGUCGUGGUAUGCCGCGGAGGGGGAUGCUUCUUCUUCUUCAGGUGCAGAUAACAAUCGUGACACCACCGCCGCCUUGACCCUUCGUUCAGACGCCCCUCUAGAGUGCGUCUUUGUGAAGACAUCACGGAAACCGUACUUUCUCCUCGAGGUUACGACAAGCGGUGAGGAUGUGGCGACUGCGGCGGAAGUUGCGGAGAAACUAACGGCGCUUCACAACACAACGUAUAAGGAUCAUCCUGUCCAUGUGGAGGUGGCAAAGAAUGGUCUCACAGUGGCUGCGGAGCGGAAGAAACUCGAAAUGCGAGACGCCGUGAAACGGGCGUCUGCAGCUUCCACGUCCACAUCUAAAACCAACACCACGCCGACUGGAAUCGCUGCGUCGCGGCCAUCCACGGCGACGACGGCCUUUGUGCCACGUGUUCUGCGGAAGAAGUGA